UCAUCUGCUCUCGCUCAAUGUUUUAAUAUAUAGCUCUCAAUUUGAAUUGCUUUUCAAAGUUCUCAGGCUGCGCUCCGUGGUCAAUUCGGAAAUUGAAAUUGAAAUGCCGUGAUCGUCAUUGCUAGCUUCCUGCCAUUGGAGGGGAAAUAGGGUAUGGAUUGCUUGGCUUAAGGGAGCAUUCGCACGGUUUGUGUAUGGAGGCAGGCUCAUGAAGGGAAUUGGGUCUUUACGAAAUAUGAAGAAAAACGUCAAAAUAUUGUCCAAGUUUGGAUAUAAAAGGUAUGUGGUGUUGCAGCCGAUGAGAGCAUUUUCUUCUAACAAUUCACUGUUCCCAAGAGCUGGAGAUAGCUUCAUUUGACUUUGGUUCCUUGCUUAACUCUCGCCACUAGUGAGCUUUUAUUAUUUUCUAUCGGCCAAGAUGCGGUUUACUGCCCUCUUGACGCUGGCAACCAUUGCCAUUGCCUCUCCUACACACAACCUGAACAGCCGCAACGAGCUGUCACGUCGCCAGGCUACAGAGGGCUGCUCCAUCGGGUACUGCACACAGAACGGCGGCACCACCGGUGGUGCUGCUGGUGAGACCGUCACCGUCACCGACCUCGCUAGCUUGACCGAGGCCGCCGAAAGCGAGACUCCAUUGACGAUUAUCGUCUCUGGUGCCAUCGAAGGCAGUGCCAAGAUCCGUGUUGCUUCGGACAAAACCAUCUACGGUGAAUCUGGCAGUUCCAUAACCGGCGUCGGAUUCUACAUCCGUCGGGUCAGCAAUGUCAUCAUGCGUAACCUCAAGAUCGGCCAGGUUCUUGCCGACAAUGGCGACGCUAUUGGCAUUGACGGGUCUACCAACGUGUGGGUUGACCACUGCGAUCUCUCGGGAGAUCUGAGCGCUGGAAAGGACGACUUGGAUGGUCUUCUGGACAUCACUCACGCUUCUGAAUGGGUUACUGUUUCCAACACCUACCUUCACGACCACUGGAAAGCCUCCCUGGUUGGACACUCCGACAGCAACGAGGAUGAGGACUCGGGUCAUCUCCAUAUCACCUAUGCCAACAAUCACUGGUAUAACCUCAACAGUCGUGCCCCGUCGGUCCGCUUUGGCACCGUCCACCUUAUCAACAACUACUGGGACAGCCUUCUCGGCACGGGCGUCAACUGCCGCAUGGAUGCUCAGGUCCUGAUUCAGAGCUCCGCAUUCUCGAACUGCCCGGAUGAAGCGAUCUUCUUCGCUGACUCCGACUACACUGGCUACGCGGUCGUCGAUGAUGUCGACUUGGGUGGAUCUACCAACUCCGUUCCCGAGGGCACACUGACUGCUUCGUCUCUGCCAUACGACGCCAUUGAAGCGCUUGGCUCCGCCCAGAUCGCCGCCACCAUCCCUGGAACCGCAGGCCAGAAGUUGUAACUUCGCACCCUGUCUGCCGCACUAUGGGAAACCCUCACAGCCUGAGUAACCUGAUCUUUUGUUUUCUCUUCGCGAAACGCUUAGCAGUGCUUCA